GCUUUCAUCUACAUUUGUGAAAUUCAUUCUAAAGUACAUUUGUAUGGUAUACCGAAUACAUUUUUUACAACAGUGAUGAUGAUGUUAUGCUAUCGUGAUCGGUCAAUUCCAAAAGAUUUAAACAUUGUGCAGUUAUUCUAUAAUUCAUUAAAAAAGUUUGCCAAUAUGUACAAUGUUUACAUACAAUUGAUUUUAUCAGAGAUCAAUAUUGAACAAUUGAAAGAAAUGAUGAAAUUAUCUGUAAAAUGUAAACAUUUCAAAUCGAUAUCCAAUAAAUCAAUUAAUCAUCGUUAUAUUUUUAUUAUAUUACAAAAAUAUAUGGAUUGUUUUAAAGAUGCUUUCUAUUCUAAUCAUAAUUUCAAUAUAUUUUUAAAAUAUAUCCUUUUUAUAUAA